CUUUACUUCUGCCCUUCAAAAGGACAACUUUUUUCUACUUCCAUGUGCAAGCAAAAUCCGCCCCCGCUUCAAAUGUCCCAAAUCAUUGCUGCAGACGCACCUCUUCUUUCUCCUGGCUCAGAAUGGGCAGACCGCCAUCCUCAGGAUACUUCCCAUUUCUAUUCCCAAUAUGCCCACUACCACCAGUUACCUCCCUCUCCUCCCGUCUCAGUAGCCGGCUCUCUAUCGACAGAUUCUCCUCGUAUGCUCAAGACUCGUAUGAGUCCUGAUGCAGUUCAAAUGUGUCUUCCAACACACCAGCUUUUCGACCUCGGAGAGUUACCCCAUGCCUACCAGGCGCCACCGUCACCUGCCUUAUCAGACGCCAAAGACUUCAACCGAGCUUCCAUUAAGCCUCCGACAAUACCGACGUCCAUGAAGCGCUCCGAAAGUCCAGCUAAUCUAUCCUCAGCACCAGCACCCAAGAGACGCACCAUUGGUGAGCGCAUUAGCACCAAGGACUUCAUUCCACCAGACGUUUCGGGACUCUCAAAACGAGAGGCCCGUCUGGUCAAGAAUCGGGCCGCGGCUUUCCUAAGUCGUCAGCGUAAACGCGAGGAGUUUGAGACCAUGGAAGGCCGCGUUCUCGAGCUCGAGCAAGAAAACGCUCGGUUAUUGGCUUUAACCCAAAGUGACAACCUCCAUUCGCUUCCGAACACGUCCACCACCUCCUCAGACCCUCAACUUCUCUGUGAGAUUGAGAACCUCAAAGCAGAACUAGCUGCUGCACGAGACCGCGAGCGGCAGCUCAUGGUUGAACUCAGUUCGAAAUCUUCGCAUCAUUCAAACUCUACUGUGAAGGUUGAAUCCUCAGACGAAUUCAACUCGUCGCUAGCAUCCUCUCCUCGGGUUCAACCCGUGAAAGGAACCUCAUCAGCUGCCAGUCUAGGUCUCAUGGUACUUCUAUGCACGCUGCCUUCUUUACUGUCAAUACCUGCUGCAAGUUCGUUGCCGGCGAAAUUCUCUCUCCCGUCAUCUCCCAUCGCAACCCCAACCAGUUUCGACUUCAGUUCUUGGUCAGUGGACUCGGAGAGACCUCUCAAGUCCAACAAGCUCGAGUUUGUCGGAGACUCCGGUAUCAUCGAUGACUUGAACAGUCUUGAUGUCUCAUUUGACACCGUACCUUCAGAGAACGGUAAAAUACGAGUCCGCAUCCACCCGACUUCAUCAACGCGCUCGAGGUCCACCUCUCCUGGUACAUCGUUUUAUUCUAGUAGCCCCAAUCACCCUACUGCCUCAUCCUCGCUAGGGCUUGAUCUCUGGGGACAAGGCGCAUCAGAGGCUUCCUCUUUUGAUCCCAGCUUCCCGUCACCAUCUGCUUCGAGUUUCUCAUCAUAUCCUUCUGCCAAUGCCGAUCCCUUCCUGGGCAUCGCCGGACCUACAAAUAGUGACUUCUCUUCCUCAUUUUCGUCAUUACCAUCACAAAACUUCCAUCAGUCCAAUCAUCUCCAUGUCCAUCAACCUUCUCCAUCUGGUUCUGCUUCUCCAUCAUCAACGCUUUUUGGGGGUGGAGAGCUGAACUCUUACCACACCAUGUCUUCACCUGAUUUUGGAAUCCCCUUCGACUAUCUCCCUCAUAGCAAACGUCGUGUGCGUAUUGCUCUGAAGAGUAUGCCUGAAACUCCCGCACACGGCAGUGAAUGGGAAGUUGUUUCGGUGUGUUGAUGGAUUAACCGAUCGACGCCCUGAAUGCCCCUUGAAGAUAUAUUUUGCCCAUGCAUCUCUAUCUAUCGCACGUUUCCUGUUUCUCUACUCCUACCUCAUGCCCCAUGCCCAUGAAACCACACGGAAGGCCUUCUAUCCAGUCUCAAUUGCUUUCUACCGCCUGCUGCUCUUUUAACCGCUGUAUAUUAAACCACCUACGCCCCCCCCAUCAAACGACCACACCGCCACUGAUCCCUUAGGUCUAUAUUCCACAUCCAACUAUCAUACCCACGCAUAUUGGUUCGCUUUCCUCGCAAAAAGUACUCUACUUUGUUAUUCUUCGUGUAUCAUGGAACUUCGACUUUCCUUUCGUGCUCUGGUUUCUCUUUUUUUCGUUUUUUAUCGGUAUAUUUAUCUUUUCCAUUUUCCAUCACAUUUUUUCCCCUCAUAUGUGUUGCGAUCAGGCCUGUUUGAGGAACAGCUAAAAAUAUCGCACAGUAUCAAUCUAGUUGACAUUCCACGGGAUUAUAUUUAUAAUUAUAUUCUUAUCCAGUUACCCUAGAGAAAAGCUGUAUACCACAACGUCGAAUUUAAAACAUUGAACUUGCACGAUGAUCCGUUUCCCGCC